CUCUUCAACCACACGCCACCUCACCUCCAAUCUAUAUAUAUAUAUAUAAUACACACAGAAAUCGAUACAUAUCAUCAUUAUAUCAUUCAAGAAAUUAAGUGCAAAACCAUGCAUGAACCAAUUCUGUACGGAAACUUGCUACUCCAACAAAAGCCACCAACCCUAAGGAAUCCCAAUCUAAAUCCCAAUCCCAACAACGUUAAAGGAAUCAAAGAAAAUGCAUCAUCACUUUACGAUUUCAGUGAUUUGAAGAACAUGGUUAAGGAUAAUGCAGUGAUUGUGUUUGGCAAAAAGGGUUGCUGCAUGAGCCAUGUAAUUAAGCGUUUGUUACAAGCUUUAGGCGUGAAUCCGGCAGUGUACGAGGUUGAUGAGGUAGACGAGAAUGAAGUUGUCAUCGAGCUCGAGGGGAUUCGUGCCGGGGAUGGGAAACAGUGUUCGAUGCAAUUUCCGGCGGUGUUCAUCGGAGGCCGGUGGUUUGGAGGGCUGGAGAGGAUCAUAGCUUCUCAUAUUACAGGAGAGUUGACUCCUCUAUUGAAGCAAGCUGGUGCCUUAUGGUUAUGAAUUAUUAUGAUUUGAUUUAAUACUACUUUUUCUAACUCUUAGCGAAUUUCUAUUUU